AUGGCUAGUGAGGAGAGUUUUGUUAUUUUGGUUCACCACAGAGGAUCCAUUAAGAGGAAAACUCGUUCCGGAGUGAAGUUCACAGAUAAAGAUCCUCUCUGUAUUGUUGUUACUCCUAGGACGAGUUAUGAUGACCUUGUUAGAUUUGUACUGAUGAAGCUCGGGCUGGAAGAUUCGAAGAGGGUUAAGAAGUUUUUCUAUCGCAUUCCAAUCACGGUGCUCCAGGAUACCGUGAAGUAUGAUUGUUUCACGAUUAGUAGUGAUGAGGACUUGCAAGUAAUGUUUCUUUGUCGGCGGCAGUUUCCGGAGGUCAGGACCCUAGAGUUGUUGGCAAAGCUGGUUGAUGUGCCAGUGGUCCAAGCUGUCGCCUCCCCUUCUUUUGCUGUUGGUCUCAAUGGCAGCGUAGGUGACGACGUAGGUUCAAGGGAAAAUCUGCCGGAUGAUUUACUCGGCGUUGCACCGCUUGGCGUUGGAGAUGGAGUGUUGGGUGAUGCAGAUGAGGAUGACGUCGAGCCGGAUAUGAUUGACGAUGACAGCGGCGAUGAUAUUGGAGCGAGUGAGCCUGCAUUGGCGGUAGGUGGUUCUAGCACUGGCACACAGCAGUAUCCACCACAUUUUUCCUCCUUGGACUUGGAUGCCAUGAGGCAGGACGGGGUUUCUGGGCACUCUGUUGGAUUCAGAGCUAGAGAUGCGGAAGGGACUGCUGGUCUGUCAGAGUUCCAGGUUGGUCAGCAAUUUCAGGAUAAAGAUGAGGCCCUUUUAAGUGUGAAGACUUACAGCAUCCGGCGAGGGGUACAAUACAAGGUAGUGGAGUCUGAUUAUCGCAGGUAUAUGGGCAAGUGUUCAGAGUUUGGGAAUGGGUGCACAUGGUUGAUUCGACUGAGUCUCCGGCAGCGCAAGGGCAUUUGGGAGGUCAAACGGUACAAUGGACCUCACACCUGUCUUGCCACCUCCAUCUCUAGUGACCACAGGAGUUUGGAUUAUCAUGUGAUAUCGGCGUUCAUUAUGCCAAUGGUUAGGGCUGAUGCAUCCGCCAUAGCUAUUAUUGCUACGACUGCUACCUACACUCAAUACCGUCAUCACUUCAUCUACUUUCGUUGCAUCACACUUUUGGGUUUCUCUGUGUUGUUGUACUUUAUAUCUGAUCCUGCGAAUUAUGCAGAAGAGGGAGCUGGCGCGGUGGGUGUCACUGCCACCGUCGCCGCCGCUGUUGACAGGAAAAGAGAGGGAGAUCUGAGAGAGCUGAAUAGGAAGAGAGGGAAGGAGACCUCGCCGCCGCGCCUAGCCCGCUGCGUGCCCUAUCGCAUCACCUCCCAGCCGCGUCCAACCCACCACCCGUCGACGUCAUCGUGUGUUUCCGUUGAAGGAGGAGGAGCGCGAACCAGAGCCAUGAAAAGGAGAAGCAGGGGGCGCGCAGUGGAGGAGAAGCCACCACUGCCGUCGCGUCUUGCUGCCGCUGCCACUGCUGAGGUCACCGUCUUCGCCAUUGAGGCUGAAGAGAGAGAGAAGCGGACAGGAGAUUGA